CAUUUCAUUAAUAUGAAUAAAUCUCUAUGGGUCCCCCUGAUGAAAUAUCAUGCCGGCUUCUAUUCCUCUCACAAAAGAAACAUGCUUCCUGCUGGCACGACUUGGGGCAGCCCUGAAGGCAGGAACAGAUGUACAUACCUAUGCUGGAACGAGUAGUGACGACCUAUCCAAGAGGAAAAAAUCUUCUGCACUUCUCAUGUGGAGACUGAGUUGGCUUGAGACCUCACUGCUCUUUUUAGAAGUGCUUAGAUUUUAGGUAGUUUCAUUCAAAUGUGAAUAAAAUAAAGGGUACAGUGUAUGACAGAUCACAUCAUCACAUACCACUUAAAUGAGCAUUUAUUAUAUACUUAUUGACUAUUUGGCACUUUGACAAUGAGCACUAACUUAUCUCCUUCAGCUCUCACCCAGUUAUUUUUGGAUCUCUUAUUAAACCUCUGUGGCCUGUUAACUAAAUGAUUUCUGAGAGACAAAGCUCAGAAAUGACCUCUCUCAAUGCAUGAAAGCCCUUCAUUAGUAAUGAGAGCCACUUUUCAGACAUCUGUCUCAUGAGUUUCUUCUCCCUUUGCUCAGCUCUCUCUCCUAGAUGUUCUUUGCAAAAUUUUUAACCUUCUCAUGUAUAAGAAAUCUGGAAGUAGGCGGUCUCAUUCUUACCUCAUUCUCAUCUGUGGUGUUGGCACGACGUCAGAACAAUUCAAUAAAUGUCUGCCAAAAUGAAGGGUUGGGGAUGGGUACUGAACCACGGAAGCCACUCCCGGGAGACUGACAGGUAAGUGGAAAGAGCCACAGACCUAACUCCCAUGACUGGCUAGGUGACCUGGUUAAACCAAACCUUUCUGAUUUUUUUAAAUAAAUGUUUACAUUUCUGGCUUUUGGAAUAAGGAAGGGUUUGCACUUGGCAAUUAUCUUCUCAAAUCUUUCGUCGUUUGCAAAUUGGGGAUGAUAAUCUCUCACGUCCAGCAGUGAAGUGACGUUCAUAAGGCGCCCAGCAUAAGGUUGAGUGCGGUAGGGAUUUGGGGCGGAAGUGGUGUCGGCUGUUAUUUUUAUUAUGGGCAAAACCAAUUCCCUCCAGCGGAGAACACGCUUGCAGGCCGGCUGGGGCUGUGAAAAGCGCAGAGACCUCAUCCUUCCAGCGUUUCAAUUUCCUUAGCCCUGAGCCUGCUUUUCCCUUUCUGCCCAUCAGUUGGCGCCUUUUGCCGUCCUUUUUUUCCCUCAAGCUGGUUUUGCGGGCUGCGGUCGCUCCGCAGCUCGCAGGUCACAUGGCCUGCCGGAGCCAGGGGACCCGGCGCGGGAGCUGCGCCGCUGGAGGAGGUGAGGCUCCGGCGCGCACCCGAGCCGCGCGGCGCCCGCUCCGCCCGGGCCUCGGGGUUGGGCGAUGGCUCCUCUGUGGCGAUGAGCCAGCCCGCCUAGGCGACACCAGAGGCGGCCCUCGGCGUGCGCGGAGGACGGAGCUGACCGCCCCCACCGGGCCACCUCGCGAAUGCCGGUCAGCCCACAACAUCUGUGGAGUGUGGUCCUGAGCUGGUGAUGCCCUGGGUGACUGUGGAAUUCUGGGAAAAGACAGAGUGGUAAUGCACACAUGGUCCUACUUCUGUCCCAUCCCCAUAUUGGGCUGAGAGUAGAGACCUCCUUCCCUCAGACUACCACUGCAAAAUCCUGUUUUCAGGUUUGACUUGUGCAGAUUCGGGCCUGUGUUCCAGGAUGGUUUGUUCUUGGGACCAGACCUGACCAGAAGUUGACCUCAUGAGCACAUCAGCCCCUCCCACUGCCAUGCUUCUCCGGAGGCUGAGGCGGCUCUCCUGGGGCAGCACCGCUGUCCAGCUCUUGAUCUUAACGGUGGUGACGUUCGGCUUGCUGGCCCCCCUAGCCUGUCACCGGCUCCUGCACUCUUAUUUCUAUCUGCGCCAUUGGCACCUGAACCAAAUGAGUCAAGAGUUCCUGCAGCAAAGUUUGAAAGAGGGCGAAGCUGCCCUCCACUACUUUGAGGAGCUGCCGUCUGCCAAUGGCUCGGUGCCCAUCGUCUGGCAGGCCACCCCCCGCCCCUGGCUGGUCAUCACCAUCAUCACUGUCGACAGGCAGCCUGGCUUCCACUAUGUCUUGCAGGUGGUGUCCCAGUUUCACCGGCUUCUGCAACAAUGCGGCCCCCAGUGCGAGGGGCACCAGCUCUUCCUAUGCAAUGUGGAACGUAGCGUGAGCCACUUCGAUGCCAAGCUGCUGUCGAAGUAUGUCCCGGUGGCCAACCGCUAUGAGGGCACUGAGGAUGAUUAUGGUGAUGACCCUUCGACCAACUCGUUUGAGAAAGAGAAGCAGGACUAUGUCUAUUGCCUGGAGUCCUCCCUGCAGACCUACAACCCAGACUAUGUCCUGAUGGUGGAAGAUGACGCCGUCCCAGAAGAGCAAAUCUUCCCAGUUUUGGAGCACCUUUUGCGGGCUCGCUUCUCCGAGCCACACCUCAGAGAUGCCCUUUAUCUGAAGCUCUAUCAUCCCGAGAGGCUCCAGCACUACAUCAACCCAGAGCCCAUGCGGAUCCUGGAGUGGGUCGGCGUGGGCAUGUUGCUGGGGCCCUUGCUAACCUGGAUAUACAUGCGGUUUGCCAGCCGUCCAGGGUUCAGCUGGCCCGUCAUGCUCUUCUUCUCCCUGUAUAGCAUGGGUCUGGUAGAACUGGUGGGCCGGCACUAUUUCCUGGAACUGCGGCGGCUGAGUCCUUCCCUGUACAGCGUGGUCCCUGCCUCUCAGUGUUGCACCCCCGCCAUGCUCUUCCCUGCCCCUGCGGCCCGCCGGACCCUCACCUACCUGUCUCAGGUGUACUGCCACAAGGGCUUUGGCAAGGACAUGGCACUCUACUCACUGUUGAGGGCCAAGGGGGAGCGGGCCUAUGUGGUGGAGCCCAACCUCGUGAAGCACAUCGGGCUCUUCUCCAGCCUCCGGUACAACUUUCAUCCCAGUCUGCUGUAGUGUGCCAAGAAAUGCCUUUCUGAACUUGGCCGCUUCUCGGUGAUUCCGAUACCGAGUUCUUUAUUUCGACAUGGUUGCUUGCAGUUAUUUCAUUGUUUCAUGUUGUUAGGGAUCUAGGCACUGAGACAGCUGAGAACGUACACGUCAAGAACCUUGGCUUUGGUAACUCUGGCAGGAGUGGAUGUUCGCCCUGAGGCAGGACCCCUCUCCCUCCACACAGCCACACUGCCUCAUGCAGUCUGACCCGCCUGCCCAGGGGGCAUUUAAAUACCAGUUGUAUUCUGCCUUCAUCGUCAGCUCUGCUUUGUGAUCGAGCUCGUGACUGCCAAAAAUAUUGUGCACAAAGAUAAUGACCGUUUUAGGACUUCAAGGGUAGAAUUUGGUGAAAGGUGAGAUCCUUUUGAAGGGAUUUCUUUCUCACUGGGCAUGAGAAUGGAUGUAUGUCUAGAACAUAUGUCCAAAGAGGCAGGACCAUAUUGACAGGUUCCAUUUGUUUCUUUGACCUGGUGUGGUAAAAGCCGGUAAAAGCCGGUAAGAGCCGUUGGCAGUGCCUGACGACUUGGUGGCAGGUGAUCUCGCUUCUGUUACAUGGUGUUUCUUUCCCAUGCAUCUGUAGUGUACUGAUGGUCAGUAUUGUUAGUGAGAACUUUAAGGCACAGCAAGAUCUGGAAGCGCCUUCUGGAUCAUCAAGGUCAGACUGCUUAUGUUUAGUAGUGAUUUCAUAUUGAAUGUUUCUAUCAUAUUCUGAUUCUUUGAAAAUUGGACAUUGAAGAAUGAUGUAAACUGGGUGAGCUCUUUACUAAUAGCAUAUCCUUUUCCCUAACUUUGCUGGCUAACCAUUCAACCUCAUUUUUUUUUUCUUUCUGGGUAUCAGGGUGUUAGAGUAGCAAAAGCAUAGACUGUGAAGUCGGAAGGGCCUGAGUUUUUAUUUCAGAUCUCUGCCAUGUCCUACCGAUGUGCAUGUGGGCAAGUCAUGACCACUCUGAGUCUCUGUUUCUUCACCUGUAAAAUGGGGAUGGCCAUACCUACCUUUGAAAGUUGCCUUGAGGAUUAAGUGACAGAACAUAUAUAAAACACCCAGCAAGUGCUUACUUAGCCCAUGGAAGGCACUUGGCAAAUACUAGUUCUUUUCUCUUCUGUAAUGAGUAUAUAACACUCAAGUGUAUUUUGGAUAAAGAUAUUAGUGAUACUGCUUCAAGUGUGCAGUAGGGCAUAGGGCUCCCGCCCGGAGAGUAGCCAUUCUGGACCAAACUCCUAGAAUAAAGGCUGACUUGUUGUGAUUUGUGAAGGAGAUGUAGCUCAGCUUUCACCUGGCGCUGCCUCCAACCAAGACAAAAAUAAUGGUUUGUUCGAACUGGAAAUGAUCUGAGACUGCUCUCGAGCUUAUUCCAAGACCUGCAUCUGAAAACUACUCUCCUCCAAAGUUACACUUAAAUGUCCCCUGACGAUACUUACCAAGCCGGAGGCCAAUAAGUCCCCUCGUGAAGAUGGAUGUCGACAUCGGAGUUCAAGCGUUGACAGGUCGUUUCAGCGCCACGUCUUCAUUUGCUUUGAAAUUUCCAGUGAGCUUCCAUCCUCCCAGUAGACAGGACGUGGGAGUUCUACACCAUACUUUGCAGAUGGACAAACUGAGGCCAAGGGAGGUGAAACCGCUUCCCCAGGGUCGCUAAGCUGGACAGCAGUGGACUUCCAGCUCCGGCACUUUUCUCUUAAGCACGUUCAUUUUCUAAAUAUCCGUGCUGUGAGCAUCUCUUUUGUAGAACCUGACUGUAACCUGGGCGGAACAAUGUCUCUGUAAGCUCCCAUGGUAGAACCUCAUUGUCCUGUAGAUUUUGGGGAACCAGCAGGUCUAUGUGUGUAUUGUAUUGUUCUCGUGAUAUGUCAUGUGUCGCUCAGGAAUGUCCAAAGUGAGCGGAGCUUCUGGAUGACUUGUCAGGCUGUUCAGAUUCCACUGCUUCAUUCAUCCUCUCCCCAUCACUGGCUUAUCCCAUGUUCAGGAACAGAAGCACCCCCGGCCUGCAACUCUAAAUUAGAGUCUGUUGCAUUAACGAUCGGAUCUCCUCAGGAAUGUUUUUUUGCCCAGCAACAGGAGAGUUACAUCUAAGCUAGCUAAGCAGAAGAUAGGGAAUCAUUGCUGGUUUAUAUUUCUGCUCUUUCGGAUUCAGUUGUCUACCGCAUGCAGAUAUCUCCUCCCUUGACUCCUUCAUUUCUGGAUGGCUAAAGCCAUCUUUGCCUUGUCUAAUUUCCUACCUAUCCACUAAGAUGCCUUCCCCCAUCGAUCUUAACUAGAGCCUACUGUCUUUGGACGUUUUCUGCAGAGGCAGGCUCAGUUCUGCUGUCUUAUCCUCACCCUCUUCUAGAUCUCCCUCCCUUUUCUCCCUCAUUCCUAGAGUCCAGUUUUUGUAUACUGUCCUUGGUUAGGACAGCUGACAGCUUUACACCAAAGCUGAAGUCUUGUUUAAUCCCUAAGCAAGGGGGCUAGAGGAGAACUAAAGGACAUAGGUCACCAGGAGGGUAAAGGUCUCUAACAGAACCUGCUCACCCUUCAGGGUUUAAAUAAUUGUCGGGCCUAAGAAGUUCCCUAUUGUGACUGGGUAUAUUUGCAUAGAUGUAUCAGUUCAAAUUAAAACACCUGUUCCACCGAGGCAUCCUGAGAAGACUUUUGUCAUUCUCUCUCAUUUCUUUUUUUUUUUUUUAAGAUUUUAUUUAUUUAUUUGACAGAGGGAGACACAGCGAGAGAGGGAACACAAGCAGGGGGAGUGGGAGAGGGAGAAGCAGGCUUCCCACAGAGUGGGGAGCCCAAUGCGGGGCUCGAUCCCAGGACCCUGGGAUCAUGACCUGAGCUGAAGGCAGACACUCAACAACUGAGCCACCCAGAUGCCCCUCUAUCAGAUUUCUUUGGAUGGAUUUUUCUAAUGUGAAUAGUAUCAAAACUACACACACACACACACACACACACACACACACACACACACACACACACACACUGCAUUUUGGAGUCCCAAGGUAGCCAUUCACAAUUAUGGGCUGUUGGCUUAAAAAUUCAUAACUGAUUUAGUUGUAUUUCUUAAGUGGAAACAUUUGAAUUGUGCAUUCCUUUUUAUUGUUGUUUAAAGAAAAAAGGGUUGAGAAUGCAACCGUGCAACUGGAGAACAAAUCGGAUUAAUAUGAUGGGAUUAAUCCAAUUUACCUUGGAUACACUCCUUAUUUGGUAGAACUUAUUUAAUUGGUAACUUAAGUUUGGGUAGAGAGGCAUUCUAAUUGGAGUUGAUUGCUGUGGGAUUUUUAUAUACACUACGAAACAUUGUGAGUUACAGUAGUACACAAUAUGAAGUUGGCUAAUUUUAAGUCACAUGAACCACUUGGAUAUUUUUAUCCCAACUACAGUGAAUUCGCUGAGAAAUGCUCAUUAACUGGCACGGGUUUUGUUUUUAGGCUGGAUUUUAUUUGGAAAACCUUUGGGGGCUAUGUCAAAGAUGAUUGAUAAUGUAAUUAAAAAGUACUUAAUGUAUUAGAACUGCAGUGGAAAUGUGCUGUGGCUUCCAGCUCACUCCAGGACUUGUGUUGUAGCAUUGUCGUGAGUCAUCACUCUUAAGAAUGGGGAUUUUUGGCUUAGAACUUAACAGAUUUUCUUGAUUAUUUUCCCUAAUGUCCUACACAGAAAUGUGAGUGAAUGAACUGAUUCAAAAGAGGCAGCUCUACUAAUAAUCUGGGGUAAAAGCAGAUGAAAAUCCAAAGCCAAAUGAUGAAUUUAUUCAAAAGAAACACGGAACACAUGGUGUAAGUAUGUAGGAAUGGGGUAGCUUUAAGAUGUCCGAGAGAUGGAGGAGGAAGACAAAGAUGUAGAGUGAAGCAGAGGGUCACCUGUUUCUGUGUGUGCCAAACUCCGCAUGUAAUAAAUUCUUUUUUUUUUUUAAGAUUUUAAGUACUCUCUACACCCAACAUGGGGCUCAAACUCACAACCCCAAGAUCAAGAGUCGUAUGGUCCACUGAGCCAGCCAGGCGCCCCUGUAAUAAAUUCUUCCUGUGCGUCCCACUGUCCUGAAAUCUUUAUAGGACCAGCCUGUGGAGAAUGCAUAGGAACUAAAUAAUGAAUAGUCAGUGUUCUAUAUAAAUAGUUCAUUACUUUGCUAGGACCUGGCUUCCUACUGCAUUUAGAAUAAAAUUCAGCCCCCCUACAUUCCCUUCCAGGCCAGGUGGAAUCUUGCCCCUGCAGAUUAAUAAGACUUCAUGUCUUAUUACCACUCCCAUCCGCGUUCUCCAGGUUCUAACCACGCCAGCUCGCGUUCACUUGCUUAGACUUGCUGCACUGACUCUUACCGCAAGGCCUUUGCGUGGCCAUCCUGUCUAUCUGGAACAGUUUUCCUUUGGCUGAAUCUUUCCUAUAAUUUAGGCCUCAACUUAAUUUUAACCCUUCCCGAUAGAUUUCCCAUCCUCUCUAAAGCAGUCGCCAUCCCCCUUCCCGACCCCCAGGCCCAUCUAUCACUUACCCAGUUUGAUUCUCUUCAAAGCUCUUGUCAUGACCUGAAAUUCCCUUAUUAUCUUGGGAUAUUUCCCCCUCCUUCUCCCCCCACAGGACAUAAACUUCCCAAUAUCUGGACUCUUCUUUUUCAUUUAUGCUGUAUGCCCUGGAACAAUACCUGACACAUAAUAGGAAAUGAAUGAAUGAAAGAGGAAGGAAGGAGGGAAAGAAAGGCAAGCAGGAAGGAAGGGAAGAAAAGAAAAAGGGGUUUAGAAAGGGUAUAGGGGUCCACAGUGGAACUGCCUGUGGAAAAGAGAAAUACUAAUAGAAGAGAAGAGGGACUAGGGAGGAAAAUUUAGGAGAGACAGAGAAGGAUCCAGGUAGUGAGGGUUGGUUAUGAUGUACAAUUCUGACUCCACUGAAAAGCUUUUUACGUGCAUUCCAGGCAGAGGGAAUGACAAGCACGAAAAGGAACUUUUGACACCAACCACAGAGCUGCUUUUUUGGGUUUUAUGGUUUUCUUUCUAGUGUGUGCAUUGGGAGUUGUGGGGGUGGGGGGCAGGGGAGGGUCCUGUGUGUUACUGUCAGGCGAAGGCUGGGAUUUUCCCUUCGGGCUGCAAUCUUCCUGGUGCUGCCAGUGGGGAUCAUCUAGAUAUGAACACCACGCAUGGUGGGUCCACGGCCUCGUCUGGGACUUUUAGGCCAAAAGGCUGGAGAGAGAGACAGAACAAUCCCCACACUGUACCGGUGAACUCACGUUAUAGGGCUGAGUGGCUCUGGGUGGUAGGAGUGGUCUUUGGCAAAACAUGAUAUGAUUUAACACAAACCAAGGAUAGAGACGUAAACCUUCCCAGAAACGAGACAUGAGGAACAGGCCACUCUUAGAGGAUCAUUUUUCAGAUACAUGACUUUUGGGUUAUUUGAUGUCUGUUAGCAUGGCUUUGUUUAUUUAUUUAUUUUUUUAAGAUUUCAUUUAUUUAUUUGACAGCAAGAACACAGCGAGAGCGGGAACACAAGCAGGGGGAGUGGGAGAGGGAGGAGCAGGCUUCCCGCUGAGCAGGGAGCCCGACGCGGGGCUUGAUCCCAGGACCCUGAGAUCAUGACCUGAGCCGAAGGCAGACACUUAACGACUGAGCUACCCAGGUGCCCCAUAGCAUGGCUUUUUUUAAAUGGGAAUUCUCCACAAAAGUUGAGUCCUCUGCAAAACUCAUACACUAGCAACACUUGAGACAAAGAAUGUAUGCCACCUCAAUUUGGUUUUAUCCAGAAAAAGAUGUAAGCUCUGGCAUUGUUGUGACCCCAAGACCUGGUUGCUUGUACAGUUAGCAGCCCAUAUUUUAUUUUAUUUUUUUAAAGAUUUUAUUUAUUUACUUGACAGAGAGCCCAAGCAGGGGGAGCAGCAGAGGGAGAAGCAGGCUCCUCACUGAGCAGGGAGCCCGAUGCGGGGCUCAAUUCCAGGACCCGCGGAUCAUGACCUGAGCUGAAGGCUGAUGCUUAACCGACUGAGCCACCCAGGCGCCCCUAGAUGCCCAUACUUUAGAAACACAAGUCAACUAGUCUGUGUAGAUUUCCUUCUAGCACCAUGUUUGGGCAAUUCCUCUUGUCCUUCUCAACCAUACUUUGCCAGACCUAAAUAUAUUCAGAAUCCAUAGCCACCUAGGGUUCACCAAAUGAAAGUUGGCUUCCAUCUAGCCUCCUCCUGCAAUGGAGUUUAUGAUAGAGGAGGCACGGUCCCUGGAAUCUACAUGUGGAGUGCUCUCCUUUUGAACAAGAAGAGGAAAAAUCAUCUAAAUUUUAAAAGUUAUUAAAAAAAAUAAUGGUGUCUAUCACAUUCAUAAUCAUAGUUCAUGUAUUAUUCUGCAAGGAAUUACAUCAAGCAAAGUAAUCACAUGUAAAUCUAAAUAUAGCGUUUUAUCUCCAUCUUAAAAAAUGCCUAAAUCACAUUAGCAAUAUUCAUUCAGAUGACUCAAGUUGUUUCCUUAUUUUAAAAUGUUUUCCCAGUUUUACUGAGAAAUAAUCAACAUAUAUCACUGUGUAAGUUUAAGGCAUAUAGCAUGCUGGUUUGAUUUACAUAUAUUAUGAAAUGAUUACCAUGAGAAGUUCAGCUAACACCCAUCUUGUCAUAUAGGUACAAUAAAAAAAAACAAGAAAAAAA